AUGGAGAAGCGCACGGUGCUGCUGCUGACAGAGCUGCCGCGCAAGGAGACGGAGAAGAUUGUCUCGCCGUACCUCAAGGACUGCGAGCACAUCAACCUCUUCAUCCGCAGCGGCCCUCUCAGCAGCACGGCAUCAUUCAAGAAGGUGGCGGCAGACAGGGCGCGCUCAGUCAUACUCCUGGCACCCAAGGACGACUACUACGAAGCCGAUGCAGACGUGGUGAUGUCGGUCAUAGCUCUGAAACCCCUCCUAAGGGGCACCAACACGGGCGUGGUAGCAGAGGUCUCCAAGGGCAGCACGGGCUCGCUGCUGAGGGGCAUGGCGGAGGUGCGCGUGAGCGCCGUGGAGAAUCUCUCCGCCAAGCUCUUCGUGCAGUGCUCUAGGCAACCUGGGCUCGUUGAUGUGUACUGCAAGCUGCUCGAUCAUACCGGUGAGGAGGAGCAGUGGGUGGGUGGAAUCUCCUCCGCAAGGUGUAGAGGGCGCAAGGGGCACUGUGCUGCACAUGAGUUGACUUUUAAGUCGACUCAAAAGUCAACUCGAGGGCAGGGUGUAGGGCAGGGCGCCGUGGAUACGGUAGAGGAUCAAGGGCGUGUGCGCAUAGUGGGAGGGGCACUGCGCCGCACACUGCCCCCCUCCCUGUCCCCCUGCCUGCCCCACUCCCCUCUCGCAUCCUCACCUAUCGCCUAUCGCCUCUCCUUUCUCCCCUGCCUCUUCAAUCCACCUGCUCUCUACCUCACCUCCUCCUCCUUCCCUCUCACCCACCUCCCCGCUUCUCCGCAUCCUUCUCACCCGUCCUGCUCAUGUCCUCAUGCGUUACCUUUCCCCGCCUCCCCUCUGCCCCUCCCCUCGCCUCCCUUCUCUCCCUCGCCUCGCCUCCCCCCAGACGAGGUGAUCAACGUGAGAAGCUUCCCGUCGCUUGCCGGCCUGCCCUACGGCCUCGUGCGCAGGGGCUUCCCAGACGCGGUGUGCUGCGGCAUAGUGAGGGACGGCAAGGUGCAGUUCCACCCCAAGGACACCGACCCUAUGCAGCGCACCGAUAAGUUGAUGCUGAUAGCCCUCAAGCACACGCACCGCCACCCCCCACCAGCGCUCAUGAUGCAAGCAGCGCAGAUCCGGCGAAAGCAGGAGAGCAGCCGAUUGGGACGGGAGGGGCGCGGGGGCGGUUCGAGCGAGGCGAUGGUGCGGGUGCACAGGGACUCGGCGCUAAAGACAAGAGAUGCCGGCCAGUUCAAGCCUAACGAGCCGGCAGCGAGGGCGGAGAGAAUGGUGAUGCUUGGGUGGAGGACAGGCGUGCCGGACAUGAUCCGAGAGUUUGACGAUUAUGUGGGGGCGGGCAGCGAGCUGGUCAUUCUGGCCGAGGAGAGCCUGGAGGAGAGGGAGCAGCAGCUGGCGAGAAUGCUGCGCACUCCCCUCAGGAAUCUCACUGUGGUGCACAAGGUGGGCAACCCCAUGAGUCGCACGGACCUCACAGACGCCAUCCUGGACCCCGGCAGUGUGUUCCACCCCUUUGUGUCUGCUGGCGGAGACAUGUUCUUUGACAACGUGCCCUUCUCCAUCAUUGUCGUCUCUGACCGUUCCUGGCACCACGGAGAGCGCACCAAGCCGGAUAAGCAGUCGCUGUACUCGCUGCUGCUGGCGGAGUCAGUGUGCCGUGCCAACAAGAUCAAGGUGCAGUCUUUGAACGCAGAGCUAGAAGACAACCGUCUGGGGCGCGAGGUGGUGGGCAGCCAUCCAUCGCUCACCUACAUCGGCACGUCUGACCUCAUGGGGCUAGUCACCUCACAAGUCACGGAGCAUGCAGAGCUGAACGCCAUCUGGACGGAGCUGCUCAACAGCUGGGGGGACGAGAUCUACGUCAAGGACGCGUCCCUGUAUGUGAGUCCGGGGGAGAGCCCAACGUUCAACGAGUUGGCGGAGAGGGCGGUGCAGCGGGGGGAGGUGGCGAUAGGGUAUCGGCGCGGCAACACCACUGUCAUCAACCCCUGCCCCAAGGAUGUGCCACUUGAGUUCGGGCCAGAGGACAGUCUCGUGCUCAUUUCGGAAUACGGCUAA